AUGCAAGAUCCAAACGCAGAUACUGAGUGGAAUGACAUUUUACGUCAGAAGGGAAUUCUACCGCCAAAGAAGACUGAACCACCAGAAGAACUUCCUGUACCACCUGAUCCCAAAUCCAUUCUAGAUAACUUAACAUCAGAAGAAUUGGAAGAGAAUGACCAAAGCCGACUGGACAACAGAAUAACAAAUGCUGGUGAUAUGUUCGUCGUUGUACAUAUUGGUGAAAAAGGCAAUACACUAUGCAGUCUGAUUGAUGAUCAUUUUCGAAAAUUGGCACCAAAAUUCCCUUCAGUGAAAUUUCUUCGUGGUGAAUCCAGUUUAUGUAUUCCAAAUUAUCCAUCCAACAAUUUACCAUCGAUUCUUGUUUACAAAGCUGGUGAUUUGAAAGAACAAUUGAUUGGUCCUGAUGCUGUUGGUGGGAAUACAGUCACUUUAAAAAAAUUAGAAUGGCGUCUAGCCCAAUUAGGCAUAUUGGAAUCGAAGUUGACUAAGGAUCCUUCGAAGAGGAUAAAAAUCAAAGUAGCUAACAGUAAUCAUAUUAAGCGUAUAGCUGGUGAAUCAUCUGGCGAUGAUGAUAUUAAUAAUAGUGAUAGUGAGGAUGAUUGA